GGUCUCCACCUAGAAAUGGCAUCUCAUUAAUUCUAUUGAUUUGUGGUGUUUGAAUCCCAGAAUCUCUCUUAGCUCAUCAUCCCCAUUUACUUUAAUCAACUCUCUACUCCCAACCUUGAACUGUUCAACAUAAAAGCCGUCAAAUUUCUGAGUCAUCACUCUUAUAAGUUAUAAAUACUGCCCACGCCUUCUGAUGUUCCUCAGUUACAUUGAAAAAUAUGAAACCCCCGACAGCAUUCUCUCUCUCAUCCUUCUAGAAACCUCAGAGUUUAUUACAUAGUACAUAGUAUAGACUAUAGUGUGGGCAUGGAGAGACCCAGAGGUUUCAGGCUUAGGAUGAACCCGGUGAGUGUUUUCCGGCGGUUUGUUGGCCGGAGGGGGAGCUCAGAGGUGUGGUGCGGCGUGGGGCGGAGGGUGCUGGCGGUUGUGAAGCGGGACGUGCGUUUAAUCCGGGUGGGGCAGGAGCCGCCGGGGCCGGAGAAGGCGAGUGUGCCGGCGGGGCACUUGGCGGUGUACGUGGGGGAAGCGGAGGGCGCCACGUGUAGGGUGGUGGUGCCGGUGUUCUACUUCAACCACCCUCUGUUCGCGAAUCUGCUCAGGGAGGCUGAGACGGUUUACGGGUUCGACCACCCCGGCGGGAUCCAGAUUCCCUGUAGGAUAUCGGAGUUCGAGAACGUGAAAUCAAGAAUCGCCGCCGACGGUGAUGCCCGCCGCGUCCGCCGGAGCUGGAGUUUCUGAAUCGUCGAUGAUUAACCGGUGGCCUUUACAAGUUGUAGCAGCCAGACAAGCAAUCAUGGCGGACUCCUUUUUUCUUUUUCUGUGUAGAAAAUUUACAAAAAUGCAUGUCUUAAUCUGGUUUAAAUCUGUUCUGUAAUCAUCAUAAAUGGUGACAAUCAGAUUCAAAGAAUCUGUUUCU